ACAAAUUUCAUCGUUGCAGAUGUUUUUUGUCUGAUGAAAUGCGUUCCGUAGCAAGCAUCAUUGGAAACAUCUUGCAAUGCGCACUGGAUUUCAAAUCAUGUCUGAUUGGUGGCACAUGGGAGGCUGGACAUAAAGGACGUUUACUGAGUAAACUUUCUCUGAUCAAUAUUCCUCAGGUCCUUGCAACAAAGGGGACAUUUGAUAAGAACCUCAAAGAAUUGUAUUUAUGUUAUCUCAAGUCACCUAGACAUGUGAAGCUCGGUCUUUCACAUUUCUGGGAUUAUCUCAAUUACAAUGAGUAUUAUUCAGAGAUCAUUGGUAAAGAAUGGGGCGGCUGUAUUUUCUCCGUUUAAAGCAUUGGGCCAUGCUAAUUAUGAUUGAUCUAUGUCAGAGGUCAGGGCAGCCACAUGGGUUGAUGGUAGGACGGUGCAUACUCGAAGUAGUUGGAGAGUUUUUCAAUAUUUGUUUGUCUAUACCACAGUACAGCUCCUUCAGAUCCAGCAGCUUUGUAGUUUUCAACAUGCUCUGCUUCUGAUGUUGUUCCAUUAUGAAGAUCCUGGUCCAUUUGAAUGGGUGAUUAUGUUUAUAUUUCAGAGGAAAUGCUGAAUUACAACUCCAUUUUUGAGUCGUGGCGAGAUGAUUGAACCAUUUGAGCUACAUGUUAUAGAUGGGAGUAUCGCAAUGUCUUGAAAUCCAUCCAUAGGGAACAAAGGAGCUAUGUUGUAAGAUAGCUUGAGUUUGGCGUUGUAUUGUUUCAUUUGAAGGCACGUAACCCG